AUGGUGCUUUUGGGAGUAGAGGGGUUAGUGUUGGGUAACUUGGGUUCUAUGUGGGCUGCAAUUUUGGGAACUUCAAGCUUUGUGGGUGUGUUGCUGGCCCUGAAAUGGGUCCUGGAGAAUGUAAAUUGGUGGCUCUAUGAAACCAAGUUGGGGGAGAAACAGUACUCUCUUCCACCUGGUGACUUGGGUUUGCCUUUCAUCGGAAAUAUGUGGUCUUUCCUCCGAGCCUUCAAGUCCGGCAACCCUGAUUCUUUCAUCAACUCCUUCGUUUCCAGAUUUGGUAAAAUGGGAAUCUACAAGGCCUACAUGUUUGGGUUUCCCAGUAUCAUUUGCACAGUGCCAGAAACAUGUAAAAGAGUUUUGACAGAUGAUGACGCAUUUAAGCCCGGGUGGCCUGUUUCCACUGUGGAACUGAUCGGAAGGAAAUCAUUCAUUGGCAUCUCAUACGAAGAGCACAAGCGUCUGAGAAAAUUAACAGCAGCUCCGGUCAAUGGUCACGAAGCAUUGUCUGUGUACAUGAAGUAUAUCGAAGAUAUUGUUGUAACAUCUCUGGAAAAAUGGGCCACCAUGGGAGACGUAGAGUUUUUAACUCAAGUCAGGAAGCUUACUUUUACGAUUAUUAUGUAUAUUUUCCUCAGCUCAGAGAGUGAGCCUGUAAUGGAGGCUCUAGAGAGGGAGUAUACAGUACUUAACUAUGGAGUUAGAGCUUUGGCAAUCAACAUUCCCGGAUUUGCGUACCAUAAGGCACUUAAGGCUCGGAAAAAGCUUGUUGCUAUUUUUCAAUCAAUUGUGAAUGAUCGAAGAGCUCAAAAGAAGUCUGGGAAUUCCUUGAAAAAGAAAAAUGAUAUGAUGGAUUCUCUACUGGAAGUUGAGGAUGAAGAAGGAAAAAAACUUACUGAUGAGGACAUCAUAGAUAUUCUGCUCAUGUACUUGAAUGCUGGUCAUGAAUCUUCUGGCCAUACCAUAAUGUGGGCUACCACUUAUCUGCAAAAACACCCAGAAUAUUUCCAGAAAGCAAAGGCAGAGCAAGAAGCAAUCUUGAAGAGGAGGCCUCCAACACAGAAAGGAUUGAAUCUUAAGGAAUACCGAGAAAUGGAGUACCUUUCUGAUGUGAUUGAUGAAACUCUUCGUAUUGUAUCUUUCUCACUUAUGGUUUUUCGAGAGGCAAAACAAGAUGUCAAUGUGAAUGGUUACAUCAUUCCCAAAGGGUGGAAAGUUUUGACUUGGUUCCGGAGUGUUCACUUGGAUUCUGGAAUAUAUGAAAAUCCAUUGGAAUUCAAGCCUGAUAGAUGGAAAAAUUAUACACCAAAACCAGCAACUUUUAUGCCCUUUGGAGUUGGAAGCAGGCUGUGCCCUGGAAAUGAUCUUGCCAAGAUGGAAGUUGGAAUUUUCCUUCACCAUUUUCUGCUUAACUACAAGCUAGAACGGGUUAAUCCUGAGUGCCCACUGAGGUACUUGCCACAUCCGAGGCCAAAAGACAAUUGCUUGGCAAGAGUCAGGAAAACUACAUGAGAGGAAGUUAGAGAAGCACGUACAGAGAAGGAUUGCUCUUGGUAUUCCAUAACUUGUUAGUUUAGUUUACAAAUAAUAUGUCAUUAACCACAGCUCCUUUUUUUGGCUACUUCUGAACUACCAUCUGUUACAAAUCAGGAGCUUAUCGUGUCCUUGUCAAUUUUAGUAGUCAAAUAGGUUAUAAUUUUAGCAGGAACAGUUCUGGCAUGCACACCCUGCUCUAUAAGAGCUGGUGGUAAUGUGCAUUUGAAGGCAGGUAGCAGGGUAUUGUAGGCCUUGUAGCCAUGGUUAAUGUUAUCUCUCAAUAAAUUAAGCUGUUGG